CAAUAACACCAGACCAUGAAGUUCCUUUUAUUAGUUAAUUAAACUCUAUUUCAUUUUUACUUGUGAUUUAGUCAUUCGAAUAAAUCUUUCGGCGUUAUUCUGAUCUCAUUGUUUUUCCACUUGUAAAUUCGUAGUGCCAUAAAUUCCUACAAUUUAACUUAUUGAUAGUAAACUUGGUCAAUGUGCAAACCAGCUGAUGAGUUUAUAUUUUUGUUUAAUUAUUUUUCAUAUUUGCAUCUGUAACAUUAAUUAAAUUAGUCAAAUGUUCUCAUCUUUACUUCGAAGGGUGAUUCGUCCCCUCAACCGUUCAAUUUGGACUGAUCAAGGAGAACCAAUAAAUGUAAUUAAAGAAGAUGGAAUUUUCAUGAUUGAACUAAAUCGUCCUUCCAAGCGGAAUUGCAUAAACACUCCAAUGGCGGAAAAAUUGAUUCAAGCUAUGGAUGAUUUUGAGAAUGACGAACAAUCCAAAGUUGGGAUAAUUUAUGGUCGAGGGGGUAAUUUUUGUGCAGGAUUUGAUUUGAACGAGUUAGCACAAGAUUCAUCUUUAAAUUCCCGUCAAAGAAUAGGUCUUGAUAAAUGGAUGAUCGCUAAACCAAUCAUUGCUGCGAUUGAAGGCUAUGCUGUUGCUGGUGGUCUUGAAUUAGCUUUAGCAUGCGAUUUCAGAGCAUGUGAAGAAGACUCUGUUCUGGGUUUUUUCAAUCGACGUUUUGGAAUACCUCUUCUCGAUGGAGGGACUGUUCGCCUUUCUAAAAUUGUUGGGUUCUCUCGUGCUCUUGAUUUAAUUCUUAAUGGACGAAAAGUAUCAGCAUCUGAAGCUUUGAGUAUGGGACUGGUUAAUGAUGUUUGUGCUGUUGGCUCUGUUCUGGGGAAAGCGAUCUCAAUGGCAUCAUGUUUGCAGAAAUUUGAUCAAAAAGCUUUGUUAGCUGAUCGUAAAUCUGUUUACAUGGCAGCUUUCCAGGCUGAAAACAUUGAGGAAGGAUUAGAGUAUGAAUUAUGUAAUGGAUCACCUGUUAUGGCCGAAAAUGCGAGGAAAGGAGCGAAACUUUUCGUAGAGGAUGGAAUUGGACGUCAUGGUGCAACAGCGAUACACAGUAGAGAUACAAUAAUGGGCCAAUUUAAACCUGAGAUAAACCUGUGAAAUGUCAAGAUCAAUCUUAAGAGCUUUUAUUUAUAUUAGAGUUAACUUUGUAAUUAAAUUUCGUUAAUAAUUGA